AUGUGGAGCGAAGUGGUAGACGAGGAAGGUCGUGUUUACUACUACAACUCAGAGACUGAGCAGACGCAGUGGGAGAGACCUGAAGACUUGAAGGAGAGCAGGGUUGACGCUGCCUUAGAGAAGACAAAAUGGCAGCGAUACCUCACUGACGAGGGCGAGGUCUACUACUACAACGAGGAAACAGAGGAGAGUGUUUGGACACUUCCGGACGAGGUGCGCAAACUCAUAAACCCAACAACUGUUGAAGAGCAGGAACCGGCCCAGGAGAAUGGAGACAAGGUAUUUGACUCUACAAAGAUCGUGGAUCUAAGCAGUUUCUUUACGGACGAGGAGCUCAGAUGGGAAAAGAAUGCAGAUGCAAAAACAGAUCAAUUUGUGCAAAUGCUGGAAGAUUACUCUGUAGGAACAGAUUGGACAUUUCAGCAGGUGAUGGAACGGUGCAUAGUGGAUAAGCGGUAUUGGACUUUACCUGACUCGAUUACGAGGAAGGAAUGUUUUGAGGUUUAUUUGCUUCGGAAAGCCGACGAGGAGUUCCGAGAGAAGGAGAACUCGCGCGAGAGUUACAGAAACGCAUUUUUCCAGGUUCUGGACAAUUACGAUAUAAAGUACUACACCCGAUGGAACACAUGUGCGAAACUCAUCAUGGAUGAGCCUAUUUAUUCACUUAUACCACCCAAGAUGAAACGGGAAUUUUUUGAAGAGUACGUCGGUAAGCUGAAGCGUGCACGUGAGGCAGAGAUCAAGGAGGCCAGGCGUAAACAACUCGAGGAAGUCGAGGUCAUUCUGCGGGCGGAGCUCACACUAAGGUCGCAGGUGGACGAUGCUUUCAAGACGCUAGAUAUGGAGCGCUUGCCCCAUUUGAACAAACUAGAUAUUCUCACGAUUUAUGAAAGUAUCGUGAACGAGUUGGAGAGAUCAUUCCAGGCCACGGUCGCUGAGAACAAUAAAAAAAAUUACAGAGCAGAUAGGAAGGCCAGAGACGGUUUUAGACAGCUUCUGGAGGAGGUGAGCCAAAAAAUUGAGUUCACAGCGAAAUUGAGAUGGCAUGAGCUCCUCCCAUAUAUAAAGGAUGAUCCGCGAUUCAUCAAUCUUUGCGGUAGAAAAGGCUCACUUCCAAUCGAUUUCUAUUGGGAUAUUCUUGACAAGGAGAACCAAAGUUUGAAAGCCAAGCGAGACUUGGUGAAGCACAUAGUUCCUACUGCUGAUAACAUGUCUCUUGAGGAGUUCACCAGAGUUGUUUCGCAGAAAGUGGACAAUGUUUCAGAAAGCGACUGUCGACUCAUAAGAGAGAUGCUUUUGGAAGAAGGAAGACAAAAAGGCGAAGGAGACCGCAGAAAACGACUAAUGACGCUGGGUUACGGGGUAGCAAGAAGUUAA